GUCGUCGAACCGUUCGGAUGUGGAUAUGGCGUCCGGAGUAUAUGCUGAACAGUUUACUGUCGCAGCUCCAGCUGCUCAUGGAGCCACUUUUACUGGCCCAUGAUCCGAGGCUAUGCUUGUGUUCUUCUCUUCCAUGUUAGCGCUUGGGAGGGAGAGUGAGGCUUGCUGCUUUCUUGACUAAGUCUUAAACUAAUUUGGUCCCAUAUGGCGCUGCAUAUGCACUCACAUGCCCUCGUGAGGAGUAAGACAGUUGCUUGUUGCAAUUCGCCGUCGGAAUUGAGUCGGCUGACAGAUGACAGAAGUGCGAGGUGUGGAGUGGGUCGUCAGAGGGAGAAUCACCAUGAUUCAAGGGUUAGUGGUGAGGAAAUGCCGAAGCGCUUUGGUGUCGUCUUUGGUAGAGGUUGGAAGGGACAGUUUAGUUUGAGUUUUGGCCCGGGAGUUCGGGGUUCCGAUCCGGGUAUUCCUAAUGAGUUGCUUGUAGCUCGCUGUGCAAGCUUCGGCAGGGAUGUAGAGGGUGUUGAUCAAGGGACUAGUUCCCUAGCUCCAGUGCCAUGUGAACACUCACAAGGUCGUGUGGCGACUCCGUCUCAUUCCUGGACGGCAGUUUUUUCCGAAAUUCGGAAGACUUUUGUCUCGCUCGGAAGUGAUGGUUUCAGUUUUUGCGGGCCAGCAGGAUCGCAGGAACGCUUCAGAAGGUUUUCAGCUGCGUUGCUGUGCAGUUGCGCUGUGAUAACGCCAGGUUUAGCGAGCUCUCCUGUAGCGGCAGUCGAAUCGCUCCCCGCGUCCGAUUUUGUGGCCGCUGUAAUCACUCUGGCUGGGGCCCUUGGAGUGCUGCAAUUUUUUGACGAGUUAGCGAAGCGUGAUCUUCUCGAGAAGAAACUAAGUCGGAAGUUAUGCCAUAUACUCUCCGGGAUGGUGUUCAUGCUGUUAUGGCCUUUAUUUAGUUCAGCGCCUCAAGCGAAGUGGUUGGCAGCUUUAGCACCGGCUGCCAAUGGACUACGUAUGAUCGGGCUAGGACUUGGUAUUUGGAAGAACGAAGCUUUAGUGAAAGCUAUAAGCAGAGGAGGCAGCCAGAGUGAACUGCUGCAUGGCCCCCUGUAUUAUGCAAUUACAAUAACAAUUUCAACACUUUGUUUCUGGCGAAACUCACCUGUUGGUGCAGUCGCAGUCGCAACUUUGUGCGCGGGCGAUGGUUUUGCGGAUAUCUUAGGCAGGAAAUAUGGUGCACAUAAGUUACCAUACAAUAACAGCAAAUCGUUCGUCGGCUCGGUGGCUUUUUUCGUAAUUGCCUCUCUCGCGUCCAUGGGGUAUUUGGCUUACUUCUCAGCGUUCGGGUUUUUCACAGCAACGACGAAGAUGUAUUUCGCAACUCUAGGGGUGACCUUUGCCUCUGCAGUUGCGGAGUCUUUGCCUCUCCCUCUCGAUGACAACUUCACUGUCCCAUUCACGGCACUUGUAGUUGGCAUGUUGUUGCUGCCUCAUUGAUUAUGUAUUGCAGUUCUAAUUAUCUGGGAAUAAUUUGGAGUAGAAGAUGUGAACCUGAGAAUACAGAAGAGGCCCAUAGUUUCAGGGGCUGGUGACUUAAGGUCUCUACAUUGUAUUUAUUAGAAAGGGCGUGUGCCGUCCUUGAGUACCCUGCAGGGCAGCGCGUCAAAUACAUAUUUCUAGAAAUUCUUUUCGUGACUUGCAGUGCUGUUGGCACUUUUGUUGUUUGUAACAUUUAGGUAGAUUUGGCCCGUUACCGCAUGAGGUCUUCUUCGUUGAACGAUUACACGAGUUUUUAUGAAUACCCCGUGUCUGUGUGCAAGUCCUUGGAGCAGCAUUUGAAGGGUCGGAGCUCGCACUAGCAUCCGUUUGCCUGUUUUCCGACUUGCUGUUACAUCCAAGUUGCUGUCGAUAUGUGUGAUUUUCUCACUGAAUAAAAUUUUAUGCCUGUCA